GGCCUGCCAGCGGCUGGUCAAAGACUUGGUCGGAUGCGAGAUCCCUUGCUUCAGCUAUGACGGUAGCACAGAGUUUAAUGGACUUGAAAGGAAGUUCGGAUGGGAUCGGAAUCGAAAUUGGAAUUAGAAAUGGAAAGGAGCUUUUUACGUGCAGAAACUCUUGUAAAAAUGCUUUCGGGUAAAUGGAGAAUAAUAAUUGUUUUCUAGAAG